UCUGAAUAUACUACAAAGUAAUACAGUGUAAAAUACGGGAUAUUACUAUGUACUACACUGUAUUACUGUAUAUUACAAAGAUAUUAUGCUAGGCACUAGUAUGUAUACUAGGCAGUAUUAUGUGUUAACAACAUUACGACGUUGAUAAAUUGCUUAACGUCGUGUGUCGGAUGUCGUUGGAAGAAUACGACAAUGUCGGAUACGACAUAUUCACAGACUAAAUGGAUCCUUCCAUGAAGUGCUUCCCGGGAAGUCACGGGGGUGGCGGGAAUUGAAACGAAACCAAAACAAACACAUGAAUCAGAAGUAAAUGGAAGUAGAGGAAAAAAGGUCAUCUAUGAUGAAGAUUUUUGUAAUAUUACUGCAUUUGGCAAACUAUGUAGUUUCACAAGAAGGUAUAUACACUAGCUGGAGUGCCUGGCUACCCUGUACUAGACUGUGUGGUUAUGGGACCCGAUUACGAGCUAAAUUAUGUCAAGACCAGCAGUGUUUACAAAACUUAGUUGUAACAGAAUAUAAAUCGUGUUUUAGAGAUUGUGGUACACAUGCAAACCCAGCUUUAGGUGUUUGUGAUUUUUGGGAAUCGAUCAGUUUAUAUAGUUAUGGCACAAGUGACAAGCGCAAUUCUUUUUGUCAAGUGAUGAAUGUUCCACCAUAUUUUACAAUUAAAUCUGGACCAAUACCAUUUACAGUUCUAUAUUUAUAUUUUGAUGAAAGUGCACCAGUGUCUGCCAUUUCAGUGCAUUAUAAAACAGAAGAUAGCCCAAAUUGGUUUUAUUAUCCAAACAAUGAAGUUGAAACAAUUUUGCCAACUCUUUCAAAUAUGGCUAAUUUACCGAUACUUUAUUUUAAUCCGUGGUUAGAAGCGACUGAAAUUAAAAUCAUUCCCAAACAAGCUCGUUCUCAGCAAUUUUGUUUUGAUGUUACUCUGGGAGGAUGUCAUUUGCCGAUGCUAGCUGUGCUGGCAUUCACUAGUAUUUACGAAGAAAUAUUUCUUGAAAACCCUGUUUCAUUUACUCCUAUCUCCUACGAUUGUGUGACUCAUGGUCGCCCUUACUACUAUCAACAUCUCCAUAUCAUGGAGUUAGGAAAAGAUAUAAAAAUUGGUAGUGAUGUCACAAAGCCUCUCUACACUGCUUUCACAACUAAAAAUAUAUAUUUUGCGAAUGGACAAAAUGUGAUCACAUUACAUAUCAACUUUCAAAAUGUUAACCAGCUUCAUGACACUCUGAGUUGUUUUGAGAAGACAGGCAUGAUGUACUGCACAGCAAAGUUUGCUUGUCAAGGUCUUGUUAAAGAAGUUGACGGUUCUCGUUAUGGCCAUUUUGAUCCAUCUUAUUUGAGAAUGUUUUACAUUCAUGAUAAAAAUGAGUGUUCUGGACCCGUAGGUUGUGCGGAUGGUCGUGGAGAGUGCAUUAAUACCGUUGGCUCCUAUUAUUGUUCUUGUAAAUCACCAUACAUUGGAGAUGGGUACACCUGUUACUCCAGAGACGCCUGGGUGCAAGACAAACGUGGGUCAUAUCUAACUUCAGAUUUUAAAGAAUUCGAUAUACCAGAUACCUAUUGUAGAGCAUUGUUUUAUGCGAAUAUUUCGGAUGUAAUGUUUGCCUGCAUGAGAUAUCAGAGCGUAAGUCCUUAUGGUUGUCUUCAAUCGAAAGAUAGGGGAGACACUUGGAUAGAAACUAACCCUCGUCUUGAUAUAAUCAUUGGUGAAGAUAUGAGAAAUGGAAGGAUAUAUGGCUACUCGACGUUGGAUUCUGCCUACAUCAUGUAUGAACCUGCUGGAAAUCAAUGGUUUUCUGUUUCUCCGAGGCAAUACGAAAACACGAAUGAUUCUGGUCAUUUGUAUAGAGAUAAAAUACUUCUACCUAAUUGCGUGUAUGUUGAUGAAAGACGAAAUGAAGAGAUGUUUCCAAUGCAAUAUUCUCGUAUGGAAGUUGGAAGCAAAACGUUCGCUAUGACUUCAACUGGUAUCACAGCCAGAUCUACUGGAUCUUGGAAAACUAUUUUUAAUUGGUGCGAUUUACCAUCGCACAUAUAAUCUACGCAGCUCUCCAGAUUAUUCAUUUAGUCUUAUUUGGUAGCUACAUUCAGUGAGGGGUAGCAGAUAGUUUUGAUUAUAUUGUUUGCGAGUUAGAAAGUUCUUAAAGUUUUUAGAAAUGUUGGCAGAAGUUCAGAAUUUUAUUAGCUCCUUUUAAAUUUUAUAGAAAAAGUGUAGUAUUUGUUAACCACCGUUUAGACAUUUUUUCUUAGUUCAUAAUUUAUUAUCGAUUUAGAAUUUGUAUUUUGUAGCAGACCAUUCCAGCUUAGAACGAUUUCUGUGGAAUCGUUUUAACGUGUAGUCUUCCUCAUCGUGAUUCGUGGGCCAUAACUAGUUUUGAAAGUAUAGAUGAUUUUUUUGAGAAAUUUUUCAGUGGUGUCAAUUUUUUAUUUGGUGAAGUCAAUUCAUGUCUGUGUUUCUUUCUCAGAGCAUCAUUCUAUUUUCCUCAUCUUUUCUCGUCUAGCUGCAAAAUAUUCCCCCACUAUUUUGGUAACAUUACCCAUUAAAGCUAUCGUAUGCCAUACUAAAACCUAGGAUUAUGUUCACAAAACUACAGUAUAGAAAAUAUAUAUAUUAAGUAUAAAAAACAGUUAAGGUGAAUGGUUUCUUACAUUUUGUUAUUUACUACCUCUCAAAAAUAUCUGUUCCAUGAAAAUUUGGAAUUUGUUUUGUUUCACAUUAUAACCAUUAAGAAAUUGGUAGCUGUGGAAGUUUACUUUUCAACCAUUCAAUGUAGGUCAAUGCGUGGUAUAAGGCCAUUAUAAACGAUAAUUUAUCGUGUAUUUUAGCCUUUAGCAUAGUAAGAGAUUAUUGUAGAAUUAAUGUUAGUAACUUUUCCGUCCUGAAAAAAAUUUAAACUGCCAUCUUCAUCAAAGAAAAUUUAUGAAGAAAAAUCAGCAUGUCCCUUCUAAUAAACCAAUUAGCGUAAUCAGAAAUUAACCCAAAAAUUAUUGUGAAUAAAACAUCAUUUCCAUGGAUUCCAUAAAGAUCAAAAUUAUGCGAACAGAGUUGAAAAAGGUAUGUUUAACUGCAAUGUUCCUGCACCCAGUACUCGACAUUUGAACCUCACUUAAUAUAAAAAAUUUCCAUGAUAGCAGUGUUUUCGACAUUGUGAUUGGUGGUUGAAAAUGUAUGUUGUUAACAACGAGGAAGUCGGUUCCGAAAAUAGAAGCACCGCAGGAAGAAAAGAAUUCUAACGCGCAUGACCAGUUAAAACAUUCGAAUUUGGCAACGAACACGAAAAUGGCAACCUGCUUUUAGGUGGAAAAAUUUAUAUAAUGAGCCGUCAUUUUAGAAGGUAAUUCUCCUAUGUCGUAUUUUCACAGAACAUAAAAUGCUUACCGUGUCCAUUUAGUCGAAUGCACGUGAACAACACUUAAUAGGCCCAAAUUUUAAGUACAAAUUGUAAAUAUUUUAAAUUUGACAUUUUUGCAUGAAAAUAAUCCUCGAAAUUGCAGACCAACUCUAAACGGUUUAGGCUCUAAUUUUAGGUUUAUAAAGAUAUAAUGAACAUUUUGUAGAAGGAGGUUUGUGUUUGAAUUUUCAGAUGUACUUACUAGCCAUAUUUAGACCGUGUUGCACCCUAGUGUUAUUGCACUACUGGGACACUUUCAUUGUCAAACGUUAGGAUUUAAUAUAAGCUCCAUGUGUAAACCAUGUUUUAAAUUCGCCAAAUUUCGUGUGUUGUUGUCACGGAAUAAAAUAAGCAUUUUUUAAGGAUAGCUGUUUUUGAUGAGAAGUGGAUGUGUUGCUCGAAUUUCUACUUAUUUGUGUUUCUAAUACUUUACUGUUAUUUUUUUAGUAUUGCUUUAUAAAGCAUUUAUUCUUUGUUCUUUAGUAAAGCCAUACAGUAAAGAUAACAUAAAGGAUGGUUGGUACGAAACGAAAA